AAAAAGCCUUUCGCUAAUUAACCGGAAAAAAAUAAUAGCGAAAGAAAACAAACACAUGUGGAAUUGACACAAAUUAUUGAAAAAUGGGAAAACUUGGCAAGCCGCAAAAGAGCAGAAAGCAUAAGAAAAUAAAGAAGACGUUUGAUACACAGAAGGAAAAAGAUACAGACUUGGCAAUUGGAGGUAAAAGGAAUAAGCUCUAUAAUCUACCUGUAAAUGAUGAAGAUCUAGAUAGACAAGAUAUACCUAAUAAGCUAAAAACAAUCAUGAAGAGUCGGUCUGACGUCCAAAAUAGUGAACAAACAAGGAAGAAGAAAAAUAAGAAAAAGAAAUUCAAAAAAGCAGCAGAGAAUACAUUCAAAAUGGAGAGAGGUGUAACAAAGCCUAUGGCACCAAUACCAAGGUUUGUUCAAGGUAAACGUGAAAAAGAUAGGGAUUUCAUACGGCGUGUAGAACUAGAAACACAUAGAGUGAUCAUGAAACAACAGAUGGAAGAAAAAUAUCAGAUGGAGAUUCCAGACAACAACAGUAAUACAGCAGAAUCUCAGGUCAGAAAGAAAUCGAGUGAAAGAAAAAGAGAGAAAGACAAAGAAAGGAAAAAGAAAAAGGUACAGAUGGUAAAGGAAAAGAAACAAGAAAAAUUCAUGGACUUUUCUGCAUUCAAAGAUGAGGUUGCAUUUGGUGAGGUUGCCAUGGCUCCCCCAUCUCUAACAGCUAAACCAAGAAAAGCAGAUGUUGACAAUGACAAACCACGGCCUGGAAAACGUUCACUUCUUCUUAAAGACAUGAUGGAGAAAGGUGAUGACAAUUCUAAAGAGAAGUCGGACAGUGUAAUUAAGAUCCGACCUAAAUCUCAGGCACAGAGGCAAGCUGGGCAGACAUUGAAAAGAAAAUAUCUAUCACCAUGUCAGAAACAAAUUACAGACUUUGAAAGACAAAAAGCUAUUGAUUUGUACAGAAAAAUGAAAGAUAAGAAAAUAAAGCAGCCUAGGUGAUACUGUGCAAUAACUUGUUUUCAACUAAGUCCAUGAAAUUUUGAUGUAAAAUUGAUUGUGAAACAAAUUUGAAAAAUAAAUUCUAUUAUACAUGACAACAUGUAGAUUUAGAAAAAAUAAUGAACUUGGCAGUAAUAGAAAAGCUU